AUGCCUUCCUCGACCACCAUCGGCAUCAUAUGGAUACCUCCCAAGCUUCAGCAGCAUGAAAAUGCUAUAGUCCGAGAGAUCUACUUCGUGUGCUAUCCCCCGCAUGAUGUCGACGACCCGCCCACCAAGUACACCAAUCAUUGGACCUUUUCCCUCGAGAUCAUUACGCUGAAGCAAUAUUCUGUGACGGCCCGCGGCUUGUUCUACGUUACCCUGAACCCUGUGCCAGAUCUGACAGUCAAGGAUGUCCUCAAUCUGAUCAGGACCGAUGGCCUUAACAAAUACAUUUUCGAUUCCGACGGCAACGGAUGUCGUUAUUAG